AUGUCUGAAUGCAUUGGCAUCGGCAGCGACGAGGAGGAGUGGAGGUGCGGUGACGUCGUCGAGAGGCGCGGAGAAAGAGGCGGGGCAGAGGAAAGCAGAGGCGGUUUCGGAGGAGGAGCAAGGAGCGGAGGGACGGCCGAACGAGGGAAGAAAGCAGCCAAAGAACGGAAAGACGCUGACGCAGACGCAGAAGGAGUCCUCUCCUCCCAAGCAGAAGCCCAUGGCAUCGAGCCAACCGGGGAGCGAUCUGAGGAAACCGCACUCCCCGAGAUCGAAGAGGAGGACAGUGUUUUCAUCCUAAAGAAAAGCAAUUUUGACAGGGCUCUGAAGGAAAACAGGUACCUGCUGGUAGAGUUCUACAUCUCUUUAUCUGGGCCCUCUCAGACCUUGGCUGCGGAGUUUGCCAAAGCUGCGGAAGAACUCAAAAGUGCCGCCGUGGCCGUCCGGCUUGGCAAAGUAGAUGUGACGGACCAGAAGGGUUUUAAAAAGGAAUUCAACAUCCAGGACUUUCCGACGCUGAAGUUUUUUGUCGAUGGCGAUCGGAGCAAUCCCAUUGACUGCAAAGGAGUCAGAGAGGCCUCUGCCUUCGUCACAUGGGUAAGACGACGAAUAGGAUCUUGCACUACACAUCUUAAUAGCACAGACCAGGCGAAAUCCUUCAUUGACCCUGAGGGGAUGACCGUGAUUGGCUUUUUCAAGAGCCCUCAAGGAGGGGUGGGGGAGGUCUUCUGCAAUUCUGCAAGGAGCACCCCAGAACUCCCUUUUGGGACGACGACCAGCGAUGAAGUUUUUGCCCACUUUGGCAUCAGAGAGGACAUGAUUGUUAUCUUCCAAAAGGGGAAACCUGUUUACAGUGAGGCUGCUGAAGGAGGCAAGCUGAAUGACGCGGAGCUGACACGACUGAUUAAAACUUUUACCAUGGAUUUAGUCACAGAAUAUAAUCUGGAGACGUCUGUGAAGAUCUUUGAUGUUCCUGUGGAAAAUCACAUCCUCUUAUUCAUCCCCAAGAGUUCAAGUGCAUUCGGCAAGGCUUAUGAAGAUUUUAAGUCUGUUGCCCAGGAAUUCCGAGGGAAGAUCAUGUUCGUCUUGGUGGAUACCGAUGAGAGCAGAAAUGGCCGCGUGAUUGAAUACUUCCAGGUCAUCGAGAUCGAGGUCCCUGCUGUUCAGAUCUUGAACCUGACCAGCGACGCCAGGUACAAGAUGCCCGCAGAGAAGGCGACUGUGAAGAAUCUAAGGAGCUUUUGCCAGAGCUACUUGGAGGGGACAGCUAAGCGACAUCUGUCCAGUGAGGAAAUCCAAGAAGGCUGGGACCAGAAGCCAGUUAAAGUCCUUGUUGGGAAGAACUUUGAUCGGGUCGUCUUUAAUAAGAAGAACCACGUCUUUGUGAUGUUCUAUGCACCUUGGUCUGAGGCCUGCCAGAAAGUGCUCCCAAUUUGGGAUGAGCUGGGCACGAUGUACGAAAAACGGAAAAACGUCGUCAUUGCCAAGAUAGACUACACAGCAAAUAACGUCCAGUUACUCAACGUGGAACGCUACCCGUUCUUCAGAUACUUCCCUGUUGGGUCUGCAACCCAGGUUGACCCAUACAAAGGAGAACACACUCUUGACGCUUUCGCUGAAUUCCUAGAAGAAAAAAUUAAGACAGAAAAGAAGGUGUCGUCAAAGACCAAGAAAAAAGAUGUUGUGAAGAAAGAGGCAAAAAUCACAAAAAAGGAAGAACUUUAG